CCUCUACAUUUUCACUCUUAAUUUUUGCUAAGCCCGCCAAAACCCCUAUUUUCUUUUAUUUUUACUUUAAGUAAUUUCCCAGAACUCGAUGACAAUACAAGCAAAAGCUUCGGCCCUCUUCCCAUCUUCGUCCAAAAAUUAGGGAUUUUCCUCGCCAACUGCUCGCAACUCACAGCCCCGGCCUCCAAGUAAUCUCGAAAAAAAGAAGGAACAUACUGAUGGUGUGUCAAGCAAGGACUUUUUUGUGGCUACAAGACAAAGAAAACUUGGUCGAGUAUAGAAGGACUCAUAUGAAGAUACAUUACGCAAAAUUGUUGAAAUGGAAAAAAUUCAAUCAACUCAAGAAAGUGAAGAUUGUAGUCAAUCAGUUGAUGCAUUUGCAUCAGUCAUGGGACCUAAAAAGGCUAUACACCAAGAGGUUACAUUCUCAUGGAAUUCCUGUUAAUGAGAGUUGUGACAUGUUUAUUAAUAUAAGCUUGUGCAGAGAUUCUAUGAUAGAGCCUUAUCCAUGUUUGAAAAGGUAAAGCAAAUGAAGAAGGAGUAGACAAAAGAAGUGAAGUACUUUAGAUAUUGGUUGAUGGAUGCAAGGUCUUUAGAUGUUCUAGGAAUUUUUUAUUUUAGAAGUUCUAUGUAUGUCAACUCUUUGAAGUUGUCAAACAGUAUUGUACAUUUUUCUUUAAUAAAAGAUAAUACUACUUGAUUAUUUGGAUUGUGA